AUGUACGGGACUGCGACUGGCCCUCAGACGGGCAUCUCUACUCCUCGAUCUAGCGCUUCACUGCGACCUCUGACUCUGUCCCACGGCUCUCUCGAAACCUCCUUUCUCGUCCCGACCAACCUCCACUUCCACGCUUCUGAAUUGAAAGAUCGGUUUGUUGUCAACCUACCUCCAGCAACCGACGAGCUCGCUCAAGAUGAUGAGCCUUCAUCCAUACCCGAGCUGGUUGCCAGAUAUCUGGGCUUUAUUGCCGCCGACGUAGAGGAGGGAGAGGAUGAUUCGCAGGGCUCCUAUGAGGAGGUCCUCAAGCUCAUUCUUAACGAGUUCGAGCGGGCUUUCCUGCAAGGCAAUGAGGUCCACGUUCUGGCAGCAACCCUGCCCGGCAUUGAGUCGAAAAAGCUCGAGGUGAUUCGAUGCUACUAUAAUGCUCGGGCCGUCUCAAACCGGACCAUCAAGCCUCACGAGUCUGCCCUUCUGAGAGCUGCUGACGACAACUCAGCCAAGAUCUACACCAUCUUUGGCGGCCAGGGUAACAUUGAGGAGUACUUUGACGAGCUUCGCCAGAUCUCCAAGACAUACUCAAGCUUUGUUGGAGAGCUCAUUGCGAAUGCUGCCGAGCUUCUGCAGACUCUUUCCAGCCACCCUAGCGCGGAGAAGAUGUUCCCCAAGGGCCUGGACAUUUUGACGUGGCUUCACAGGCCAGAGGCCACUCCAGAUGUCGACUAUUUGAUUACCGCACCCGUCAGUUUCCCUUUGAUUGGACUGGUUCAGAUGGCACACUACGAGGUUACUUGCAAGGUUUUGGGCAUUCACCCUGGUCUCCUCAGAGAGCGAAUCAGUGGAACCACUGGUCACUCCCAAGGUAUUGUCAUGGCAGCUGCCACGGCCGCGGCCGACUCUUGGGACUCGUGGCGCGAAAUCACCACCUCUAUUCUGACCGUCCUGUUCUGGAUUGGUACACGAAGCCAGCAGGCCUUCCCUACUACAUCCAUGACUCCGACAAUGCUUCGAGAGUCUCAGGAGCACGGUGAAGGUCUUCCUACACCAAUGCUGAGCAUCCGUGACCUGUCCCAGGAGGAAGUUCAAAGGCACAUUGACGCCACAAAUCAAUACCUUCCUCCUCACCGUCACAUUGGCGUUUCUCUCAUCAACAGCCCUCGCAACCUCGUUGUCACUGGUCCUCCUACCUCGCUGUACGGUUUGAACUCUCAACUCCGCAAGGUGAAGGCCCCGACCGGUCUGGAUCAGACCCGAGUCCCUCACACUGAGCGAAAGGUCCGAUUCUCCAACAGAUUCCUUCCCAUUACCGCUCCUUUCCACAGCAAGUACCUGGAAGACGCCACUGUCCUCAUUGAUGAAGACCUCAAGGACAUCAGCAUUGACUCCAGCGCUCUGGGAAUUCCUGUUUACGACACAAACACUGGCAAGGACCUUCGUGCUGAAGCCAAUGGCAACAUCGUGCCGGCUUUGGUCCGACUCAUCACCCGGGAUCCCGUUAACUGGGAGAAGGCGACGGUCUUCCCCCAGGCCAGCCACAUCCUUGAUUUUGGCCCAGGCGGAAUCUCCGGCCUUGGAGCCCUGACGAGCCGAAACAAGGAGGGAACUGGUAUCCGCGUCAUCCUUGCUGGUACCAUUGAGGGCACCAUGGGCGAGCUCGGAUACAAGCCUGAGAUCUUUGAUAGAGAUGAGGAAAACGCCGUCAAGUUUGCCAUUGAUUGGGUCAAGGAGCAUGGCCCACGCUUGAUCAAGACAGCGAGCGGCAGAAAGUAUGUGGACACCAAGAUGAGCCGUCUUCUUGGCAUCCCUCCGAUCAUGGUCGCUGGUAUGACCCCUGCAACUGUCCCGUGGGACUUUGUUGCGGCUACCAUGAACGCUGGAUACCACAUUGAGCUUGCUGGCGGCGGCUACUUCAACGCCAAGAACAUGACUGCGGCACUGGAGAAGAUCGAAAAGGCCAUUCCCGCUGGCCGCGGUAUCACAGUCAACCUCAUCUACGUCAACCCUCGCGCCAUGGGCUGGCAAAUCCCCCUGCUUGGCCGACUCCGUGCUGAUGGUGUGCCGAUCGAAGGUUUGACCAUUGGUGCCGGUGUGCCCUCGAUUGAGGUCGCCCAGGAGUACAUUGAGACUUUGGGACUGAAGCACAUUGCCUUCAAGCCUGGCUCAGUUGAAGCCAUCCAAGCCGUCAUCAACAUUGCCAAGGCCAACCCCACCUUCCCUGUCAUCAUGCAGUGGACUGGUGGCCGUGGCGGUGGUCAUCACUCUUUUGAAGAUUUCCACCAGCCUAUCCUUCAGAUGUAUGGCCGCAUCCGCAGACAGGAGAACAUCAUCCUGGUUGCAGGCAGUGGCUUCGGUGGUGCUGAUGAUACUUACCCAUACAUCACCGGUGACUGGGCUAAGAAGUACGGAUACCCCCCCAUGCCCUUUGACGGCUGCCUGUUUGGUAGCCGUAUGAUGGUAGCCAAGGAGGCGCACACCAGCAAGAACGCCAAGCAGGCCAUUAUCGACGCUCCUGGUCUCGAUGAUGGACAGUGGGAAAUGACCUACAAGGGCCCUGCCGGUGGCGUCAUCACUGUGCGCUCGGAAAUGGGCGAGCCAAUUCACAAGCUGGCCACUCGCGGUGUCAAGUUCUGGGCUGAGAUGGACCAGAAGAUUUUCAACAUCCCCAAGGAGAAGAGAGUUGCCGAGCUCAAGAAGAACCGAGACCACAUCAUCAAGAAGCUGAAUGAUGACUUCCAGAAGGUCUGGUUUGGUUGCAACAAGGAUGGCAAGGCCGUGGACCUCGAGGACAUGACCUACGCAGAGGUUGUCCGACGCCUGGUUGAGCUGCUCUACGUCAAGCACCAAUCUCGAUGGAUUGACGCGUCCUAUACUAGACUCACUGGUGAUUUCAUCCACCGAGUCGAGGAGCGAUUCACCACAAAGGCCGGCCAGCCUUCUCUCCUCCAAAGCUACGCUGACCUUGAGGAGCCUUUCAGCACUGUGGACCGCAUCCUCGCCAGCUAUCCCGAAGCCGAGCACCAGAUCAUCAACGCACAGGAUGUUCAGUACUUUUUGAUUCUGUGCCUGCGCCCCGGCCAGAAGCCUGUCACUUUCAUUCCUGCUCUUGACGAGAACUUUGAGUUUUACUUCAAGAAGGACUCUCUGUGGCAGUCGGAAGACCUUGACGCAGUCAUUGGCCAGGACGUCGGCCGAACCUGUAUUCUUCAGGGCCCUACCGCCGCCAAGUUCUCUACUGUCAUUGAUGAGCCAAUCAAGGACAUUCUGGACAACAUCCACAAUGCUCACAUUGCGGCGUUGACCAAGGAUCUGUACGACGACGACGAGGCUUUAAUCCCCGCCACCGAAUACUUUGGUGGCAAGCUUGUCGAUGCAGAGAUCCCUCUCGACGUCGAAGGCCUUACUGUCAGCUAUGACACUCACAAGAACACCUACCGUCUCUCUUCAUCUCCCGCCAGCGCCAUGCCUUCUCUCGACUCCUGGCUGUCACUGCUUGCGGGACCUAACCGCAACUGGAGACACGCUCUUCUCAUGUCGGAUGUUGUUGUUCAAGGCCAGAAGUUCCAAACCAACCCCAUCCGCCGCAUCUUUGCCCCUGUCCGAGGCCUUUACGUCGAGAUUCAGUACCCUAACGACCCCUCCAAGACUACCAUUGUCGUCAAGGAGCAGCCGAGACACAACCAGUAUGUGGAUGUGGUUGAGGUCAAGCUGAAUGGCGAGAAGGAGAUCCUCGUCAACAUGAUUAAGGAGACUACUGCUCUGGGAACUCCGGUUGCUAUGCCUUUGAAAUUCCUGUACCGCCCCGAUGCUGGAUAUGCUCCCAUCCAUGAAGUCAUGGAGGGCCGCAAUGACCGCAUCAAGGAGUUUUACUGGAAGGCAUGGUUUGGCGAGGAGCCUCUGGAUCUCGAUGCCAUGGUCACGAGCAAGUUUGACGGAGGCAGCACCACUAUCACUGCUGAAGCCAUCAAUGACUUUGUUCACGCCGUCGGCAACACUGGCGAAGCCUUCGUUGACCGACCUGGCAAGAUCAUGUAUGCGCCCAUGGACUUUGCGAUUGUGCUGGGAUGGAAGGCCAUCACUAAACCCAUCUUCCCCCGCACCAUUGACGGUGACUUGCUGAAGCUGGUGCACCUUUCCAACGGCUUCCGCAUGAUUCCUGGCGCUGAGCCCCUCAAGAAGGGCGAUGAGGUCUCGACUACUGCACAAAUCAACGCCGUCAUCAACCAGGACUCUGGCAAGAUGGUUGAGGUUUGCGGUACCAUCAGCCGAGAUGGCAAGCCCGUGAUGGAAGUCACCUCUCAGUUCCUGUACCGCGGUACCUACACGGACUUUGAGAACACCUUCCAGCGCAAGGACGAGACACCAGUUCAGGUGCACCUGGCCACCACCAAGGACGUGGCUGUGCUGCGAUCCAAGCAGUGGUUCACUCUCGACGAGAUGCCCAACGAGAUUGACCUGCUUGGCCAGACGCUGACAUUCCGCCUGCAAAGCCUUGUGCGAUUCAAGAACAACAGCGUCUUCAGCAGUGUGGAGACCCGUGGUCAGGUCCUGCUGGAGCUGCCUACCAAGGAGGUCAUCCAGGUCGCCAGUGUCGAUUACGAGGCUGGCGAGUCUCACGGCAACCCCGUCAUUGACUACCUUGAGCGUAACGGUACCCCUCUGGACCAGCCGGUCAACUUUGAGAAUGCCAUUCCCCUGAGCGGCAGGACUCCUCUGCAGCUCCGCGCCCCUGCCUCCAACGAGACGUAUGCCCGCGUGUCUGGCGAUUAUAACCCCAUCCACGUGUCGCGCGUCUUCUCGGAGUAUGCCAACCUUCCCGGCACCAUCACCCACGGCAUGUACAGCAGCGCUGCGGUCCGAAGCCUGGUCGAAACAUGGGCUGCUGAGAACAACGUUGGCCGAGUCCGUAGCUUCCACGCUUCGCUGGUUGGCAUGGUUCUUCCCAACGACUCCAUCCAAGUCAAGCUGCAGCACGUGGGCAUGGUGACUGGACGCAAGAUUAUCAAGCUCGAGGCCAGCAAUGCCGAGACGGAGGAGAAGGUUCUUCUGGGCGAGGCCGAAGUUGAGCAGCCUGUGACCGCAUAUGUCUUUACUGGACAAGGUUCACAGGAACAAGGCAUGGGUAUGGAUCUCUAUGGCAGCAGCCCUGUGGCCAAGGACGUCUGGGACCGUGCUGACAAGUACCUGCUUGACAACUACGGCUUCUCCAUCACCAACAUUGUCAAGAACAACCCCAAGGAGCUCACUGUGCACUUUGGUGGCCCCAGGGGUAAGGCGAUCCGCCAGAACUACAUGGCCAUGACUUUCGAGACGGUGGCUGCAGAUGGCACCGUCAAGUCUGAGAGAAUCUUCAAGGACAUUGACGAGAAGACGACUUCCUACACUUACAGAUCACCAACUGGCCUGCUGUCAGCCACUCAGUUUACUCAGCCCGCCUUGACCCUGAUGGAAAAGGCCAGCUUCGAGGACAUGAAGUCCAAGGGCCUCGUCCCCCGAGACAGCACCUUUGCCGGUCACUCUCUGGGAGAAUACUCUGCCCUGGCUGCCCUGGCAGAGGUCAUGCCCAUUGAGAGUCUGGUGUCGGUCGUCUUCUACCGUGGUCUGACGAUGCAGGUGGCCGUCGAGCGUGACGCCAGCGGUCGAUCCAACUACUCCAUGUGCGCCGUCAACCCCAGUCGCAUCUCAAAGACAUUCAACGAAGAGGCGCUUCAGUUUGUCGUUGACAAGAUUGCGGAAGAGACUGGCUGGCUGCUGGAGAUUGUCAACUACAACAUUGCCAACAUGCAGUACGUGUGCGCCGGUGACUUGCGCGCUCUGGACACGCUCGGAGGAGUGACCAACUUCCUCAAGAUGCAGAAGAUUGACAUUGAAGAGAUGCGCAACAACAUUGAGGAGGCCAAGGGCGCUCUGCAGAAGAUUAUCCGCGGAUGCGCCGAGGCGACUCUCAAGAAGCCUCUGCCGCUGGAGCUGGAGCGUGGCUUUGCCACAAUCCCUCUCCGAGGCAUCGACGUGCCCUUCCACUCGACCUUUUUGCGAUCUGGUGUCAAGCCUUUCCGAUCCUUCUUGCUCAAGAAGAUCCACAAGACCACCAUUGACCCGUCCAAGCUGGUGGGCAAGUACAUUCCCAACGUGACGGCCAAGCCGUUUGCGCUCACCAAGGAGUACUUUGAGGACGUGUACAAGCUGACCAACUCUCCCAAGAUUGGCGCCAUCUUGGCCAACUGGGAGAAGUACGUCCAGGAUGAGGAGACGACUAGCAGCGAGAGUGGCGCCAGUGCCGACCAUGAGGGUGCUGGUCUGGCUGCGUAAGGAAUGAAAAGAAGAUGAAGGUUGGGUGUGGCAGAAUGGAGAUGAUGCACAAGACAAAAAAAAAACAUUUUGCUAGGCGAGAUGAGAGGCAAUGAACGAAGCGCAUUAUGGGAAAGGGGUAUUACUAUGAUAUAAAUUGGUGGACGGCACGGGACGCGAUGAAGGCCAAUAGAAGCCUGUGAAUUAUUUAAUUGCUGAUGAAUUUGUCAUGAAAAUAGACGUAUAAUGCAAUGGCUUUGAUUUUCUAGUUU